UGCUCUCUCACUUGUGUCUAUCGAAACCUGACAAUUCUAUGUAGUUAGGGUUUGCAUCCUCCAACUCUGAAGUUGCAAUAGCAGAGAAUGGGGCGCAAAGAGAAGUCGAAAUCGAAGACAAUGGUGGAGCUCGACGAUGACCAUUUUACCAGCGUGUCCACGCCGUCACUUGUCUUCAGCAGCGACGAUGACGAAGCCAACCAAGAUCUCAGCCUCAAGAUCGUCGAAAAAGCCAUGCGAAUGCGCACAGCCAAGUGCGCCGCCCCAAGCGACGACGUUUUGCUUUCACAGACACUUGAAUUGGCUGUGGCCCGAAACGUGGACGUUCCGGAUGUGCCCAGCGCAAUAGCUGAUUCUGAAGGGAAGGAGAAGAAGAAAACAACUAAGUUGAAGACUGAGACUAGGGAUGAACGUGUUGUUAUAGCCAAUGAACAAGAGAUGGAGGAGACCAUCAAAGAUACUGAGAAUCAGGAGUCUGCGGAAGGAGGUGCAGUUCAGACAGGCAACAACAUGGUUCUGCGAAAGCUGCUUCGGGGUCCGAGGUAUUUUGAUCCACCAAACAAUAGUUGGGGAGCUUGUUUCAAUUGUGGCGAGGAAGGUCAUGCUGCUGUGAACUGUUCAGUGGCAAAGCGGAAGAAGCCAUGCUAUGUUUGUGGUGUUUUGGGACACAAUGCAAAACAAUGUACUAAGACACAAGAUUGCUUUAUCUGUAAGAAAGGUGGUCACCGAGCUAGAGAUUGCCCGGAGAAGCAUGCAAGUACUCCCAGAAUCAUUGCAAUUUGCUUAAAGUGUGGAAAUUCUGGGCAUGAUAUGUUUGGAUGCAAGAAUGAUUAUUCAUUGGAUGAUCUUCAGGAAAUUCAAUGUUAUGUCUGCAAGAGACUUGGCCACUUGUGCUGUGUCAAUUCUGAUGAUGCAACACCAGGAGAAAUUUCUUGUUACAAAUGCGGUCGGUUGGGUCAUACUGGUUUGGCAUGCUCAAGGUUGCAGGAUGAGAUUGCAAGUGGAGCGACACCUAGUUCAUGCUUCAAAUGUGGUGAAGAAGGGCAUUUUGCCCGGGAGUGCACAAGUGCUGUCAAGACAGGAAAGAGGAGUCGUGACUCAUCACGCACAAAAGAUAAAAGAUUCCACAAAGAAAAUGAUUACAUAGGAAAUAGAUCAGCACCUAAUGAUAUGGGUGUAGCUCGCAGAAAGAAACGAUUGCCUACGGAAGAAAGAGGAGGCUUUUCUCUUCCCAAGAAAUCAAAGAGUAGAGGUGGCUGGAUGCAGGAGCAUCCUGCCGAGGAAAGAGGCUUUACAACUCCAAAGAAAUCCAAGGGUAGAGGUGGCUGGACAACGGAACAUCCGGCAGAACAUAAAGGCUAUACAACUCCUAAGAAAUCCAAGAGUAGAGAUGGCUGGACCACUGAGCAUCCUGAAGAAUUCUUUCCUCCCAUGGCAAUGAGGAACAGCUAUAGGUUUUCAGGGUCACCAUAUUCCAGAAGCACUGCAAUUCAUUCCUUUGGUAGUGGAAGUCAUACUCCAGGUUAUAAAUCUUCCAAGGUAUGGACUGAUCAUGAUGGAACCCCUAUGUCCCAAGGUCCAGCUUGGUUAAAUCAUCAUAGGUUUUCAGCAUCUAGGUUUGGAAAUUCUAGUGGUGGUGGGUAUGGUAGGAAUUACAGCCGAUGGUAGUGAUCGUGCAUACUGGGUUAUGUCCUAUGCCAUUCCUUUUGUAAACUUGUAAAACAACGACGGCAAGUUUUCUAACUCAGUAAUUUUCCGUUCAGUCACUUGUUCUAUGUUUUACUGUGGCAAUUCUUUCAAAUUUAUGGAUGUGUUAAGUGUGCUA